AUGGCUGGAAACCCCCUGAGGCACAACCAGAACCUUUAUUACCAGUACCAUCAGGACCAGGGGCACACUACGGAGGAUUGCAAGAAUUUGUGGGACCAUUUGGACCAGCUAGUCCGAGAAAGGAAGCUGAAACAGCUGUUGCACCAUUCCAAUGGCCGGGGGGGCCAAACAAAUUCAAAACCCAGGAAGGAUGAUUCUUCAAGACUGCCCUUGGGAAUGAUCAAUGUCAUCUUCAUUGCUCUCGGUAGGACCCGUUCUUGUCCUUCUAGAGUGAUGUCUGUAACUCGAUUUCCCUCCGAAAGAAAUAAUUUGGAGCCUAAAAGAGCCAGAAUAGAAAUCCAACCCGUCCUGGGCUUCUCAAACGAGGAUAAGAUCGGAACCAUCCAACACCAUAAUGAUACUUUGGUGGUCACACUUAGGAUAGGGAGAUAUGAUGUGAAGAGAGUGUUAGUAGAUCAGGGUAGCGCUGUCAAGAUCAUGUACCCCAACCUAUACAAGAGGCUGAGGUUAAAACCCGAGAACCUGACAACCUACAAUUCCCUUCUGGUUAGUUUCGAAGGGAAAACUGUUAUUCCAAAAGGCCAGAUUAGACUACCUAUACAGAUUGGUUCAGAAGUGAUGGAGAUAGACUUCAUCGUGGUGGAUGCCUAUUCCCUCUACAUGGCUAUUGUGGCCAGACCUUAG